GUCAUAAUUGAUUUAAGUUUUGUAAACCGAAUUAAAAUCGAAUUCCAAGCCGAAUCUAAGACGACUGGAAUCUCUUGUACCGAAAACGCUACCUCCUUCUCUCCCCCUUUCUUUCUCGGAAAUAUCUUAUUCAUUCGUGUUUCUGGAAAUCGAUCGUCUUCGUUUGAUUCUCUCUCUAUUUCCUUCAACUUCAUUAUCACUUUGGUAUCGAAAAGAGAUAGUAAUACUGUGGGAUCAUAGCUUUUGCUGUUGACAUGGGUCAAACUUUUCGCAAGCUUUUCGAUACUUUCUUCGGCAAUCAGGAAAUGAGGAUAUACGUGGUAGACUCCUUGGAUCGAGAGAGAAUUGGUAAAGCUAAGCAAGAAUUUCAGGAGAUCAUAAGAGACCCAUUCAUGCUCAACAGUGUCAUUCUUGUGUUUGCAAACAAACAAGACAUGAGAGGAGCCAUGUCUCCUCGAGAAGUAUGUGAAGGACUGGGCUUAUUAGAUCUCAAGAACAGGAAAUGGCAUAUACAAGGCACAUGUGCUCUUCAAGGAGAUGGGCUCUAUGAAGGCUUAGACUGGUUAUCCUCUACGCUCAAAGAGGUUAAAGCUGCUGGUUACUCAUCGGUUGGUCCCUCCUUUUAACUCAGUCCAUUUGGGGAAAAAGAAAACCCAAUUAGCUAAAUCGACAUACGAAAAAUACCAAAUCAAGCCAAUGGUGUUUCAGUUUAUCCACCAUUAUAGAUACUUUUGAUCCAUCGCCAAAGUCUUCUUCUUGGCCUCUGAUAUGUAAUAUCACAAAAUCAAACCCUCUUUUAAGUCUUUUGUAAUUUAAGUGUUUUUCUCUCACAUGGAUCUGCUUCUGAAAGCAGCUAAUGUUAGUAUCCAUUUAGGCUCCUAUUUGCAUGAUAUGACAUUGGAGCUUCAUUGUAAAUUCUGAUUGAAAAUGAAUGUAUAAUCUGCAAAAUUCUCUUUGGAUACCAGGGUCCCCUUUAAGCUAACUUGGU